AUGGCUUCCACUAGCAUUCAUGCAGAAUCACCAUUUCAGCUGAACUCAUUGGGAACUACCAGCUUGGGUUCUCUGGGUCUAAGUUGUUCAGAGAGCUUAAAAUUACAGCAUAGGGAGAACCAAGAAAAUGCUACCAGAUUGGAGAUAUUACAGGGCCUUGAUAAAUCAUCAAAAUUGUUUCAUAUGGAAAAUGGAGAGCCUGCCGAUUCUGUUCCAUCUGCCAAGUUUAACCAGGAUCAGAGAUUUUAUCAAUCAAGGGAAAGGAAAAGAAUCCCUCCAUUCGUUGUUCCAGGACUGCCUCCAUCCCAGCCCAAGGAUCCUCGAUGCAGUUUGAUGAGGAAGAAAAGUAGCACAAGCAGCCGAGUCAGCUGUCGUGCAGGGUCAUCCAUUGCCGAAGGGAAAAGAAGAGGAGACAGCUGUUGGGGACUCUUUCAAAACACAGACUAA